ACUUCCCAUUACAAGUAUCUCACCCCAAUUUCCUUCAAAGUCAAUUUUCGUAUCUCUUGUUUUCCUUAAAGCCAAACAAACCCUAACUCUGAGAAAAUGGCACCUAAAGCCGAGAAAAAGCCAGCGGAGAAGAAGCCCGCAGAGGAGAAGAAGACGGUAGCCGAGAAGGCUCCGGCGGAGAAGAAGCCAAAGGCCGGCAAAAAGCUUCCCAAGGAAGGUGGAGCAGCGGCUGGAGACAAGAAAAAGAAGAGAACGAAGAAGAGUACUGAGACCUACAAGAUCUACAUCUUCAAGGUCCUGAAGCAAGUCCACCCAGAUAUCGGGAUCUCAAGCAAGGCUAUGGGAAUUAUGAACAGUUUUAUUAAUGAUAUCUUCGAGAAGCUUGCUCAAGAAGCUUCUAGGCUCGCAAGGUACAACAAAAAGCCCACGAUCACUUCCAGGGAAAUCCAGACUGCUGUUAGACUUGUACUUCCCGGCGAGCUUGCGAAGCACGCCGUUUCUGAAGGGACCAAGGCCGUGACCAAGUUUACUUCUUCUUGAAAAACGGAUUUAUCGUUAUGUAGUUAGGGUUUUUUUUUUUUUUUAAUUUUAUGCAUUUUAGGUAUGUAUUUGAAGAUGGAUCUACUCGAUCCUAAUGUGACUAUGUUAGAAUUGAAUGCAAUUAAAUAUAAUUUCGCAUAAUUUCUGGGCAUAUGUUUCUUUAAAAUUUAUUUAAUUCUGGAAUAAUGGUUUUUUUUUUUUUUUAAUUUUAUGCAUUUUAGGUAUGUAUUUGAAGAUGGAUCUACUCGAUCCUAAUGUGACUAUGUUAGAAUUGAAUGCAAUUAAAUAUAAUUUCGCAUAAUUUCUGGGCA